GCUGCUCACACCGCCCCCGGGCUGCCUCGGCCCGCCCCGGCCGCGGGGCAGCGAUAGAGGCGGCGGAGAGAGGAGGAAUGAUGAGGCCCCUGCUCUGCUGCCUCGGGCUGGCCUUGCUCCUGGGGCCCUCCUGCUUGGCCUGUCCCAGUGCCUGCUCCUGCUCCACCAAGAAGAAUGGGCGGCUGUUGGCUGAGUGUGCCUACAAGGAGCUCCAGGAGGUACCCGAGGGGUUGUCCUCCAACGUGACCAUCCUCACCUUGUCAGCCAACAGGAUUGGCUGGUUGAGGCAGGGCUCCUUCACUGAGGUUCCUGAAGUGCAGUCACUGUGGUUGGGCUACAACCAGAUUGGGGUGGUGGAACCGGGGGCUUUUGCCUUGUUGGUGCACCUGAAGAACCUGGACCUCAGCCACAACAAGAUUGCAGAUUUCCCCUGGCAGGACCUCCAUAACCUCAGCGGUCUGCAGAUCCUGAAGAUGAACAACAACCGCCUGGCAGGGCUGCCCCGGGAUGCUUUCCACUCUUUGAAGGACCUGCGCUCCCUCUGGCUCAAUGACAACGAGUUGACCACCCUGGCCGAAGGAACCUUUGACAACCUGCCCUCCCUGUCCCAGUUGCAGAUCUUCAACAACCCUUUCAACUGCUCCUGCAAGGUCUUCUGGCUGAAGAAGUGGACCGAGAACACCUCUGUCUCCAUCACCAAGGGGGGGUCUACCCUGUGCAUGGCUCCCAGCAGGCUGAAGGGCAGGGCUGUGACAGACAUCCCUGAGCACCACUGUGUUGCUCCCUCUGUGCAGCUCACCUACCUCUCCAACCUGGACAACACUAUCAUGUACAACGGCCUCACCCUGACCCUGCACUGCAGCGUGGCAGGCAGCCCCCCACCAGAGAUCAGGUGGAAGAUCCAGACAUCCAGCCGCCACGUUGAGAUCAGCGGGCCCAACGUGGCACGGGAUGGAAAUGUCAAGCAGAGCCAGGAGCGUUUCUUGGUCUUCAAGAAUGGUACCAUGGCCAUCCCCAACUUCAGCAAGGAGGAUGAAGGCAUCUACACCUGCCUUGCUGUCAAUGAUGUGGGCACACGGGAUGUCUCGGUCAAUGUGGCCUUGGCUGGGUCAGAGAAUCCAGCUGAAGACCUGCUCCGAGAUGACCCCCAAGCUAGCCACCUCGGGGGUCAGAGCUGCAACAAGGGGGAUGAAAUGGACCCCUCUGGUGCUGGAGAAAAGCUGGUGAUUGUUUACCACAUGCCGAGGGAGUCAAAGAGCAGGGCUGGAGGAGCGGUGCCCCAGGUCCACCUGGGGACCCUCCUGCUGGCUUGGGGCAUCAUGCUCUGCUGUUAAAGGGGGGGAGAAGGAAAUGGUGCCUCGGGGGUUCCCCCUCUUUCUGUAGCAUUUAUCUUCACGUAGUGCCAUGCCUUUGCUGAGCUUCUGAGAACUGCGGGCAGUCAGGAGUCAAAGGGCGCCAAGAUGACUCAGGCCCAGGGCUGGUAGUUCAACUCCUCCUUAGAUGGAGGUCAAGGCUGGGCUCCAUUAGUUUAGAGUUUCAAACAGUCUUGGGUGAUGUAGAGCAGAUCUACACCAUGCUGCCGCUUUCCAGGCAUCCAAAUCUGCCACCUCCUGACUUAUCUCCCUCCUGAGACAAAAGUGCGGCUGCAGGAUUAAAGCCCACCCUCAACAGGGUGACCAUCACCCAUCCCCAGAGCCCACCACGAGCCUUCCACCACCCACAGCAGCCAGCCAUCACCAGAGAGGGGAUCUCUCACAAAGAGGAUCCCAUUGGUCCAGCGGCACCAAAGGUGACAUCCCCCACUGUGACCAACGCCCGGGCUCUUGGCUGGCCAGGACCAACCUUCCUAUCACCAACCUUGCAUGAAGCACCAGGAGCAGAAGAAUCAGUCUGAGAAUGGGGGAAUAGCCCAGCACACGUGGCUUUGGGGGUCAGAGAUAUGAUGGUGCUUUGUAAGCAGGAUGGGUAUGAUAGGACACAUUGCAUGGGGCCAUGGGCUUGGACCAGGCCAUUUUGUGGAGCAGAAAAAGCUUCCCGCAGGCUUUGUCCCUGUAGGAUCACAAAGAGCUCCUGCUGGUGGGGUGCUGGGCGCACCCAGGGUGCCUGCACCCUCUCUGCAUGUCGCAGGAUCAGGCCCUGCCACCCUCAAUACCUCUCUCAGAGGUCAUUUUUUCCCCACCCUCCCCUUUCACCGCUGAAGCCUGCAGUCCAAAACCCUCGGCUGGGCUGGAACCACCGAGCUGUAGUGCUCUAGCUCUGACCCCAGCGAGGAGGGAUUGAGCCCAAAGAGACCAAAAUAAUUUCCCAGUGCUCCUCUCUGUUGGGGAAAAAAAGCAGGGGCUGUAUGAUGGAGUGGGAGGAAGAAAAAUUGAGAAAAUCCAGAUGAGAGAGAAGGAGGCUAAGCUGACCUAUAAGCCAUAAACACAACUUUCUUUAAGUGCUUUAGCAUUCCUGCAUGGGACAUAUAUACCAUACCCAGCUGCCCCAGGGUGCAGGGGGAUCCCUUGUCUCAUGGCAGGGGGAGCUGAGCAUCUCCAUCUCGCCCACCCCGAGGCACAGGUGGUCUGGCUCUCCUGCCUUCUGCCAGUGCUCACCUGUAGGAGCUGGACGGACCCCUGUAGCCACCCUUGCCUUAUAACCUAAGCUGUACAGACAGCACAAUAAAUACUUCUUGUUUGGUU